AUGGGCCGUCCAAGGAAGAAUGUUAGCCAAGAGAAAAUACAACAACUGAAAAGAGAACUGGAGUUGGCCGGUAACAGAACGGACGUCUUGCUGCAAGACAAAAAGGGCCGUUCCAGGUCGUGUCUUCUUUGCAGAAGAAGAAAACAACGUUGCGACCAUAAAUUACCCAGUUGCACUGCUUGCCUGAAAGCCGGCAUCAAGUGCGUGCAGCCCUCCAAGUAUUCUUCAUCCGCGUCAAAUAACAAUAACAGUAGCAAUACCCCUACAGCUGGAACUGUAGCACCCCCACCUUACCCCAUUAUCAAAAAUGAGCUGCAAGAUAGCAGUAUUGGCGCUGGCGCUGGCGCUUCCCUGAAUGAUAUGACCAUAAUAAAACCCAUUUCUGCUAGCAACACUAAUGUGGAUGCUGCUGAUGGGAAUGAAUUCAAGAAAACUAUGAACCCCGUUACGACCACCUCCAAUCCGAAUCUAAUGAGGCAGAACAAGGACCAGUAUACCAUUUUUUUGGAGAAAAAACUGAAAAGUUUGGAGAGUUUGCUGGAUCUGCCACCUGGAUGCAACCAGUACAACAACAAGUUAUCUCAGUACAAGAGGAUCUCUCACUUGCUAGGUAAUGGUGCCUCUGAUUACUCUAGACCAAAUACGAAUAUGGUCAUACUGCCGCUUCCAUCUUCUUCAAACAAACCACUGGAAAACACCAACAACAAUGGCGGCAACGUUAGCACGGCCGCAAACGAUACAUCGGCUAACACUAACGACAUCAACAAUAACAACCAUGCAAAUUGCCAGUCGGCAAGCCUUCUGAAUGACCCCUUAGAAUCUUUGGAUUUCACUAAAUGUAUUUUUGCCAAGUACAACUUGAAGAAGGAGUUUUUAAUGUAUGACCCCAUUUUCGAACUGAACGAAAAACUGUCUCGUUCCUUCCUGGACACUUUCUUUACAAGAUUACAAUUCAAGUAUCCGAUCUUGGACGAACAAGAGAUCUAUACUUUCUAUGAUCACUACCUCCACAAUAAGAUCAUUAUUCCGCCAUCCUCACCUUCCACGUCGUCCACCACUCCAUCGUCGAAUUCCCAUUCCUACUCCGAAAUAGAAUUUCACUUCCUUUCCGGUAGAAUGUGGCUGGUCUUCAGUAUCAGCGCCUACUUGCUGAUGACCACGGGUAAGUAUAAGGGCUUCCCUCCACACCGGUACUUCUCCACGGCCAUCCGUCACAUCACUAAGUGUGGCUUGCACCUGAAUUACGUCCAGCAAAUUGAACUGUUGACAUUGCUGGUUCUGUACAUAAUCAGAACAGACAGAGAUUCUCUGAUACUGUACGACAUCAUUAGGGAUGUCAUGGGUAUAUCCAAGAAGAAACUGCACCUAAAUCAAUGGUAUCCCAACGAUCCAUUUGCAAAUAAGAAACUACGAUUAUUUUGGUGUGUUUACCUUCUAGAGAGAAUGAUUUGCGUUGCUGUGGGGAAACCGUACACCAUCAAGGAAUCUGAGAUAAACUUGCCCCUUUUCAGCAACAGUUCCUUUUAUACAAAGGGUGGGCAUGCGCCGACACCGUCGACCAAUGACCACGGCGUACAAUUCAUCAAUCAAUCUUUGAAGUUGCGAAGAAUCGAAUCUCAAUUCGUAGAAACUUUGCAACUCUUGAAAAACGACUCCAAAUCAGUAAAGCAAUCUGGUGAUCAAUUACCACUGGUACGAAAAUUUUUUGAAGAUCUGGAAAUUUGGAGGAAAAGCUAUUCCACUCUUGAUGUAAAGAACUUUGAGAAUGAAACUUUGAAACUUUAUUACUACAGAUCUGUUCGAUUGUUGAUCCAGCCGUAUUUGGAAUUUUUCGCUCCAGAGGAUAGAUUAUUCAGGGAAUGUCAGGCCGCCGCAGGUCAAAUUUGUCAACUGUACAAAAUAUUUCAUCAAAAGACUCUUAAUGGCCAUUCUACUCCGGCAGUCCACACGGUUUUCGUGGCUGGUGUCACUCUAAUUUACUGUAUGUGGUUGGCCAGGAAUUUCGACGACCAAAGAAGGAAAAAAUUGGGCGACGCCUCAAAACAUACUAGACCUCUGAUAAGUGCAAGUCUUUUUUCGACAAUGGACGAUUUAAGAGCUUGUUCCGUUUGCCUGUAUGUCAUGACAGAGAGGUCAAAUUUUGCGAGAACUUUUAGAGACACGUUUGACCAAUUAAUGAAUGCUACGGUGGGUAAUUUAAUUGAAAGAUGUGGUCCAGAUUCUUCUGAAUUGAUCUUCAUGGCCAGUAGUAUAACUAAAUCUACUGAACCAAAGAACCUCGAUGGCAAGGAAAAUAUUACCGAUGAGGCCAUUUCUUCCACAACUACCGCCCAUAGUACUGCCUCCACAGCUGUAUCUAAACAAUCAAACUCUAAGAACAAAAAGGUUUCUCACAACGGCGGUAUGCCGCCUGCUGUGGCAAGGAUAUUUGGUAAAGGUCAAGCUGAAGAACAUGCUGGUUUCGUGGAAAAUUCACAGGUGGAUUUAGCUGAACAGGAGAAGUUUAAAAAGAAGCAAGGUGUCUUGGAGAAAACUUCCGUACCCAGAAGUCUGGCUCACUUACUGACUAAAAUGGAUGACAGAACUCAUGUUUCCAAUUCGUCAAUGGCUCAUACUACCUCGUCAUCAUCAUCAUCAUCGUCGUCGUCGUCGUCGUCAUCAUCAUUAUCAUUUCCUUCAUCGCAAGAAAGAAACCUGAAAACUGACGUAAUCAAUGAUAAUAGAAAUGACAAUAACAAUGUCAUCAACAGCAACAGUAGUGAUAAUAAUAACAAUAUCAUCAACAACAACAACAACAACAACAACAAUAACAGCCGCAGUAAUAGCAAUGCUAUUAACAACAACAGCCGCAGUAAUAGCAAUGCUAUUAACAACGAUAACCGCAGUAAUGACAAUGGUAAUCAGUAUGCCCCGAACAACAACAUGACAGCGGAAAGUGGCCACGAAAGGCCUUUUCAAGAUCAAUAUAUUGUCAAGAAACCAACCAACCAAACGGAAUUUGAUUGGCAGGUUUUUCAACAACAAGCUUUUCUACAGCAGCAACUAGCCCAACAUAAUUUACAAGCAUAUUUAUCAUCUUUGAAUCCUGAGACCAUACCCAAUAGAAGCCCUUCCAAGUCUUCUAGUAUAUCUACCGCAUCUUCUCAUUCAGAUCCAAUUUCAGUAACAAUGACUCAAACCCCAACUUCAUACCCCCAAACUUCAAAUUUGUUACUACAACAGCAGCAGAUACCACAGCCAAUCCAGCCACAACAGACUCAACAGCAGCAACAGCAGCAUAUGGCGUCACCACAACAUUUCUCAGAAAACAAUUUUACGAACCAAUUAAACAAUAGUAUGGUCAAUAAUAGUAACACGUUACAAUCUACGAUAUUUUCUAGCCCUUCAAAUGAAAGUAAAAAAUUAAGGCGCAUCGAAGAAUCAAGUUUCAGUACGUCACCACUAAGAACAGAUUAUAGUACAAAUAUUAUUUCUUCAAUGCCAGCCUCAAUUAGCGGUCGUUCGAUACCUGUCAAUGUCAAACAAGCCCGGAAUGGCUCCUCUUCGGGUGAUAUACUCUUCAGUAACGGGGCCCAUGACAUGAUCAACAAUAUUUCUACAUGGACUAAUAACUCUGUUUUGGAUGCUUUAAAUAGUAAGUCUCUAAUACAAACAAUCUUCCCACAGAGUCAAGACCCGUCAUCUCUCCCCAUGGAUAAACAACAACAACCGCCCGAAAUAUGUCCUGAAAGUAGUUUAACUGCCAAUAAUUUCCAACAAACACAAAAUGACUCUUCCUACAACAGAAACUUAUUUUUGAUGUCCAACCAAGAAAGCGUCCAGCAAUACAAUCUUGAAGAUACGGAAAAGAAUAGGCCGAAGGCACAGGCAGAAACGACUACUGCCACAAAUGUGCACUUUGAGAACGUCAUUCCUACAGCGGCCAAUACGGACAUUAGAAAAAAACGUUCCAAUUGGGAUAACAUGAUGACAUCUGGUCCAGUAGAAGACUUCUGGACGAUUAACGACGAUUACGGAUUCUUAACUUGA